AAUACAUUAAAAUGGAGAUGGAAUGUGAAUCCAAGAAAUCAUUACGGAGAGGUCGUCCAUGUAGCCGACAAACUGGCAUCCUUGUGCUUCUAGGAACAGUCUGCAUGAUUAUUUUCAUGAUCCUGAACUCUGUCAUCUUUUCGAAUCAAUCAAGAAAGUUCUCAGUGCUGGAGAGCUGGAUGAACAGCCAUACGUCUGAUCUAACCUCUGUCAAAUCUGAAUUUCAGACCACAGGAACUGACCUAGAAAAGAAGGUUUCUGAGCUGCAGGAUUUGGUGUCCAGCCUGAGUUCAUAUUUGAAUACAUCUGAACCAAGUAACCCAAUGAUCAACGAAAUGCACGAAAAGAAGUUGUCUAAUAUUGAGACCUUGAUAACUGAUCUUCACUCAUCACUGAAUUCACACACAUCCAAACAAGAGGAAAACCUACAAAAUCUGGUUUGAUGUCAUCUCUUCUUUCUCUACGGUCUUAUUCACGCACACACCGCAUCUCCAUUGACAUGUCAGGCUCACUGACAGACGUGAAGCGUUCAUUGGAGGAAAUAAGAUCAUCUGUUCGAAAGGUUUCUUAUAAACUGUCAUUCACCAACUCACUUCCACCAGGCUGUUCUGAACUUGAUUGGAUCCCAUUUAGCAACAGCUGUUACCUGUUCUCUGAUGAUACAAUGAACUGGACCCAAGCAAAAGAUUACUGCGAAAAACAGGGCGCACUACUCUUAAAAAUAGAAGAAGGCUCUGAGAAGGAGUGGGAAUUUGCUACCAAUUUCGCCAAACCACAAGAGUACUGGGUCGGUCUAACGGACCAGAACACAGGGGAGUGGAGAUGGGCGGAUGACACUCCUUACACCAGUAAAGCACAUUGGAGACCUGGGCAGCCAGAUGAAUGGACCGACCAUGGCUUGGGAGGGAAGGGAGAGGAAGGAGAGGACUGUGGGCAAAUUUCAUUUGAUGGGAUGCUUAAUGACAUCCACUGCUCUUCCAAACUGAAGUACAUAUGUGAAAAGGGAAAUCAGGACUGAAAGUAGCUGCAACGAAGUCUGGUCAAAAUUGAAUAAAUCAAAUUCUAAAAGCACUGUGCAAAUAGGCUUUGCUUUGAGUGUAUUGAGUUUUUAAUGUCCCGAAAUUGUUUGUCUUUCUUUAAUUUUGUAAAUUACAAAUCACAUUAAUGAUGUGUUUAUCAAUGUUGUGGUGUAGUUACUACUAAUAUGACCAAAUUAAUAUCUCAUUCUACCAAUGAACUCUUCUCGCUUUAAUGUUCAACAGUCAACAAAUCAACAGAUUCACACUGAUAAACUGUAAUAAAAUAACUUGUCUCUCUGUCAUGCCAUAGAAAGGAUCUUAAUGAGGUCCUGAAUAUUGUGAUUAAAUAAAUGAUUUGAAAACUUCAAAAA